UGAAGAGUUUCGUACUCGCGUUCAGUCGAUUCAGCGUUGCUGAUCCAGCGUCAGUGGUUCUGUCUGCCUUAUAUUUGAGAAAGUGUAAUACGUAUAGUGCUUCUGGGAAAAAUGUCGUCACGCUCGCACAAGAAGAACAAGCACGUGUUGAUGCAAAGACGACCUCGGCAGGUUCUUUGCAAGGAACAGAAAUAUUAUCAGGAGAGGGACAAGUCGGACGAUGAGCACGAGGCAGAAGAACCCACAGAGAACGACACCGUGCCGUCAGUCGCGUUUCCCGUGGCUAUGUGGGACCUGCAGCACUGUGACCGCAGGAAGUGUUCCGGCAGGAAGCUGGUGAGGCACGGUUUGGUAAAGACACUGAGAUUAGGUGCUCGAUUUCCAGGCUUAGUGCUUACCCCAGUCGGCACCAAGUGCGUGAGUCCGACGGAUCGAGAUAUAAUACAGGAGUACGGCUGCGCGGUUGUGGACUGCAGUUGGGCGCGCGUGAACGAGACCCCGUUCAACAGAAUGAGAACGCCCAAUCCACGUCUGCUGCCGUUUCUGGUCGCUGCCAAUCCUGUGAAUUACGGGAAACCGUGCGAGCUGAGUUGCGUGGAGGCUAUAGCAGCUGCUUUGACCAUAACAGGAUUCCAUGACGAGGCUGCACUGUAUCUGGGAAAGUUCUCGUGGGGACACUCGUUUCUGGAGUUGAAUAGCGAAUUGUUGGAAAAAUACGCUCUCUGCAAAAGCAACGAGGAAGUGAUCGCGGUGCAAGAGAAGUUCCUGGAGGAUGCGUGGCAUGAGAAAUUAAAUAGGCAUGCACUUCCUGAUUUUCCACAAAGUGAUACCGAAUCUGAAGGAGAAAAAGAAGGAGAGACAAAGAAGGACGACAGCUCGGUAUCAGAAGUGAUCAAAGAACUAGACAAUACAAAUAUAUAGGGCACACAAUAUAGGCAACUGACAAGUUUUGUAUAUAUAUGAAUAUAUUUGAAUCUUGUAUAUUUAAAGUGAUAUUUUGUUAAACUAUUGAUUUAUAUCACAAAUUUGUAAUAUAUUGUGAUUGAGCAAGCCGA